GUUUUGCUAAUUGUUAGCAUCCGCAGGCUAACUUUUUCUUUAUUUGGAGUCUCUGUUUAUCCCAAUUGAAGUAGCCAGAUUUAACUCGGCGCUUCAGAGCAUUUGACGCAAAUGUAAGUUUUUAAUAAUUUCAAAGAAACCCUCGACCAUGAAUGGGAGUACAAAUCCGCUGCUGGAUAAAGAGGAGCAUGUUUUGAAGCUCGGAGAAAGCUUCGAGAAGAGGCCAAAAUCUUCAUUUCACACCAUCAGAUAUGACUUCAAACCAGCAUCUAUUGAUACGAGUUGUGAAGGAGAGCUGCAAGUUGGGAAAGGAGAUGAAGUUACCAUUACAUUACCUCACAUUCCAGGCUCCACGCCUCCUAUGACAGUAUUUAAGGGAAACAAGCGACCAUAUCAGAAGGACUGUGUUCUCAUCAUUAACCAUGACACAGGUGAAUUCGUCCUGGAAAAGCUCAGCAGCAGCAUCCAGGUGAAGAAAACAAGGGCAGAGGGGAGCAGUAAGAUCCAGGCCCGAAUUGAGCAGCAGUCAGUUCGCUCCAGCCAGCAGAGCUCUCAGUUCCGGGCCCCAACCAAACCUGGAACUGGAAUCAAAACCUCGCCCUCCCAAACUAAGGACAACCCCUCUCCCGAGCCGCAGCUCGAUGACAUCAAGAGAGAGCUGAGAGCGGAAGUGGAUGUUAUAGAGCAGAUGAGCAGCAGCGGCAGCAGCAGCUCCUCGGACUCAGCCAGUGCCUCGGGGAGCGGCGACGACAGCAGCAGCAGUGACGGUGAGAAUGACGCACCGCGGCUGCUCAGCCAGACCUCCCCCAGCCGCCUCCCUGUUGUCAACGGAGGAGUCGACCGGCAGCAGGGCAACAACCAGCUCAUGAACACACUCCGAAACGAUCUUCAGCUCAGCGAGUCGGGCAGCGACAGUGACGACGACUGAACUGUGGGUCAGUCUUUCCUCCUUCACCUCAUCCUCAUCUUCCUCUUUUCUGCCUGAUUAAUUAGUUUCUUUGCUGUGAUAGCUGACUCCAUCCCUAUAUUGUAGUGUGGCUGUUUUUAAAAGUUUUAUUUUAGUACUUCCUUAAAGAUGGCCACAUAGACACGUUAGGAGUUUAUUUUUAUUAGAUGUAUAUUUUGUUUUGGAAGAGUUUUACCGGAGAGUGAUGGAAGAUUAUAUCUAGAGCAUUCAUGCAUAUUUUAAAUAUUAAAAGAAGCUAGUUUUAUCAGCCGAAUACUUCUAUUUUUAUUAAGUUUUGAUUUUAUAUUAAAAUGAACAAGAUAAAGGUUUCAGUCGGAACCACCCACAUGUUCCUCCCCGUAUGUCACACAAAGCUGUGGACAUCCUCUCUUUAUGUUAUUGUUAUUAGCACUUCUUUCGGCACGAAUCAAACUUACAUUCAUAUUCGUUCUCUUUCUUUAAAUACUAAAAGAUUAUAGUGCAAAAACAGUGUUUAAAUAACCUUUUAGUUAUUUCACAUUUGAUUCUUUAGCCACUAAAUAGCUUUAGUGGCUAUUUGGCACUACAAAAAACAAGAGGAAAUACAUUUUACCUGCCCUAUUUUUCAAAAUGAGAUUUAGUGACUUUUCAUUAAUUAUAUUGAAAGUGAGGAUGUUUACAAUUGGUAUAAAAGCUGCUCAUACAAGUUCCUUAUUAUAGUAGAUUAAUAACAUCUUGGAUGAUGUUCUUUUCCCCCUGCCACAAGAUGGCAGACCGUAUUCAAAAUUAAAACAGAAACCUAGUCAAUGAGAGACAUUCAUUGAACAGGUUUAUUUGUUAUACCAAAAAAAUGGGUUCUUCCAAACUUGGUUUGGUUUCUCCGGAAGGUAAUGUAAUGAUUUGUUUGUGUUGGACUUUCGCUUACCCUCACUGUUACUCAUUGUGUUCCUCUUUCUCUGAAAUAGCAACAGAUGUAGAUUAGAAAAUGGAUAAAAUCAACCAUUGUGUAUUUGAAACUGGAUAACCAAAAAAAAAAAAAAAAAAAGGUUACAAUUUCCAGUUUACUCUCAGCUCUUUUGUUGAUUGCAGAGAGUGUUACUAUCUGAGAGCCGUGUGUACCGUGUCUACCCUUCAGCUUGGACCCAUGUUCUCAUUAAUGUUUGAUUUUUGUAUGUUAUUUUUGGUCUUAGGUUCAGGUACUUGAAGCAUCAUCUCUGUGUUUUAGAGAUUUGACAUUAUUAUUCAGCCCUCCCAAGCCAAUCAUUGAGGCAGUUAUUUAAAAUUAUAUAAAGGCUCUACAUUAUAGGAGACUUGAAGCCAAAAACAAGCCUAUAGGAUAACUUUUGUUUGUUUCAGACAUGUGUUGUUUGUUGACCCAGAAAUAUACUAGGUCACAGGACCUUUAAAUGUUACUAAUUUUAGUUUAGUAACAAAAGUAAAUGUAAUAUACGCAGAAAACACCAAAGAAUAGAACUUGUCCAGAGAAAGACAUUCAGGAUUGUUGAUCGUGUUCAGUUUACAGUUUUACAGUCUUUUUGUGCAAACAGUAUAAUUGGUUACUUUGUUGUUGUUUUUUAACUGACCUGCAAACAUUUUUGUGUUUGGUAUUAUUAUUUACAGUUACUAAUAAAGAAGAGUCUCAGUAUUAAAAUUGGCCUAAACAUGAAAUAGUUUUUGUAAAAGAUGUCAUAGAGAAAAAAACUUUUUUCAUUAUUACAAAGUAACUCAUAAUUACAUUUGGAAACUUGUAGAAAGUUUUAGAUCACAUUUAAAAUUACUUUACAUACAAAAUAGACUGUUUUACACUUGUCAAAAACUGAUUUAAUUCUUUUCUUGUUAAAAUGAAUGCUCCAUUGCUCCAGUUCUGACCUGUAUUAUUGCGAGCAAAACCGCAUGCAUACAGACAUACACACCUGGUCUGUUAGGUGUGUAUGUACAUUCUCUAGUCUGCUAGAGAAGAAAUAUGAGUGAAUAUACUUUUACAUCAUUAAGGUUCAUAGUGUCAGAUUUCAUUACUCUUUUUUUUACUCUUUCAUGCUCCAAUGUAUCGACAUCAGUUGCAGAAUCAUUACAAAUGCAUGCUGUAGCACUAAAUAACAAUACAUUAGAGACAGCAGGGCUUAUUUAAAAGAAGCUGGAAGGUGUGUUUUGCCAGAGGUGAUAAAAGAGUGUAUCCUCUAAUUUGCAACCUGGGGUUUUGUCUCUUUUUCUUCUUUGUGAAUCACAAAACAAUCCCACCUCAGUAAGUUAAAGGAUUAUUCCACUUUUUUUCUUGGAUGUGUAAGCUAGAUUUCUCUGAUUUGUCCUGUAUGGAGAUUUUACUAACAUUCACUGCUUUUAAAUCAGCCAUUUUUAACUGUGAUCCUUAGGAGUAAAUUCAGUUUUGGUGAAACCACAACCAGAGUUAUAUAUAAAAACAACAACCGGAUGAUUCCCUAAUGAGUAUUGGGCUCAUUGUAGAUAAAAUAAUAUUUUUAAAAAUCCACAGAGAAUUAUAAACAUAUAUAUAUAAACAUAAUCAUAAAUAUGUUCAGCUCAUUCUAGUUGUGAGCUGGAAAAUGAUAGGCUUAGAUAUUUGUUUUGGUGCUCAGUACUAUACGCAAUACAAGCCUAUAACUAUAUGUUUCUUUUUAUUUUAUGCAUGAAAAUACAAACGGAACAUGUUUACAGCUCUAUGCCGAAUGUAGACUGGAAAUAAUGACUUCCAGCUUAAGCGGAUAUUCUUCCGUUUUCCACCACGAAUUAAAAAAACAUUCAACUUUGAAGUGCAAAGAGAAUGCAAAUAACCUUCCUAGCUAAAUCAAAUGAACAAACUAGAUUGUCAACUUUUUAAUAUCCAAGGAAAUGUUAGUGUUGCUUAGUUUAUUUUUUGGCAUCUGGUAAAAGUGUAAGGAUCAAAUGUUGAUUUAAUAAACUCCAAAAAGAAAUCAACACAUUUUUUUUAUUCUGUUGUUUCCGAUGCAAACUGUAAAAGUCUGGCAAAAGUGUGCAGUUGUUUUACUUACUGUGUUGUAUUUGUUAUUUUAGUUUUGUGUGUCUUAGAAAUGUAUUUAUGUGAAAUUUGGAUUGUAUUAAGUUUGCAAAUUUCAGUAAAAUAGUUUCCCACAUUGAUGGUGAAGAAUUCCAUUUUUA